UCCGAUUAAAAAAAGAAAGUUCCUCAAAUCCGCUAACAAUUUUCCGGUUGAUAAUCUGUACUAUAACCGUUCAUGGCGUCUCUUCACUUCACUAUCCAAGGUUCAAUAUUGAUCUUCCUUAUUCGUGUAUGAAGUAAAGGUUAAUAAGUCUUAUUAACUCUCACUAGGUUAGGGUUAGGGUUUAGAUAAAAGUCUGUUCUUAUAAAGAGAAAACGACUACGUAAAUAUAUGGAGCAAUUUAGUAUUCCAGUAGAUUAUAGUUGAAAAAAAGCAAAAAGGGGAAAAAACGAACGGAUAUUGCUGAUGCUGUAGCUUCUUCAAUGUGUUACUGGAAGUGAUUUUUUGUGUAUACGAUCACUCUCCCCUUACACCACCCACCCCACCCCAACCCCCUGUAUUAACUAGGGAACACUUGUCUUUUACUGUAGUAGCCCUGAAGGAAAAAAAUAAAAUAAAUGGGGCGCGUUGAGCAUGAUGAUUUUGCAGGACGAGCCUAUAGGGUUGAGAGGUUAAGAAUGCAUGAUCAUGGAGUUGAAUUGGGUUCUGAGCCUUACUGCAUGCCUCAUAGUGGGGGAAUGGAACAGUUUUCACAUAGGCCGAGGAGUCUGAGCCCGAGCCUUCAAAGAGAGGAAAGGCCCCGUCGAGUUAGUUGGCGUAGGAGCGGGUUAAUGGAUAGAGAUCAAGAUUUUAGUGAUAGAGGUGAUAUAAUGGAACCCCAGUUGAAGAGUGGAUUAAUGAGAAGAGAGGUAAAAUUUAGUGAUAGAGGUGAUAUAGUGGAGCUCCGGUUGAGGCAUGGGUUAGGGGAUGGAGAUCAAGAUUUUAGUAUUAGAGGUGAUAUGAUGGAACCUCAGUUGAGGAGUGGAUUAAUGGAAAGAGAUGAAGAUUUUUGUGAUAGAGGUGAUAUAAUGGAACCCCAGUUGAGGAGUGGAUUAAUGGAAAGAGAUGAAGAUUUUAGUUAUAGAGGUGAUAUAAUGAAGCCUGAAUCUAGGAGUGGGUUGGUGGAGAGGAAUGAAGAAUUUAGUGAUAGAGUUAACAAAAUGCAGCCUCAGUUGAAGUCGCUUGCUUAUCGACAAGGGCAUGAGAAGAAGCCUGGACAUCAUUAUCAGGCUUCUUUGAGUAGUAGGGAUGAGACAAGGAGAAGAUAUGAUGAGUUCUUUGAUGAUGAGGACAGAUAUGAAGCUGCAGGCAGUGGUGUAAAUUAUGAUUAUGAAUAUGAUAGUGCUAGAAGUGUUCAAGGCCGUAAUGUGAAUCGCGAGAGAGUUUUGGGUAGUAUGCAUCAUCAUGGGUUGGACAGACAGAAACUGUUGGAAUUGGAAGAUGGGUCGAGCCGAGGAGGUCAUACUUUGCCCUUUGACCCUCAAUCUACCUCAAAAUAUGUGGAGACUGCAAGGAGGCCUUUAUCGGUCCAUGUGCAUCCCCAACAGAUUAGGCUUGGGGAUGAGGUUGCUCAUUAUCCUGAUCCUUUCCUUGAUAAAUUGUCGGCAAUUGAAAUGAUUGAAAGAGAGGAAAGAUCUAGAUUUCAUCCCAAGGAUGUUUCACACUACUUGGAGUCAGCAUCCCGGUCUAAGGAUCUUGCUGCCUCCUCUCAGUAUAAGGAACGUGUGACCACAUCCUCUGGAAUCUCUAGGAUGAAUUAUGCCCCUGUGGUUCAAGAUGAUAUGCAUUUGCUUGGGGAUAUUCAUUCAAGGAGUUCCACAAAGCUUAGACAACCAUCAUAUCUGAAUGAAUAUGGUGAAAAUCACAGUUAUAAUACCCUUGAAGAAUAUGCAGCUGGGCAUAAGGAACGGACAAGCUACCAGUAUGAUAAAGUUAGUCCGCCUACGGGUGACAAUAUGGAUUGUUUAUAUCCUAAAGGUAGGCCAAGAGAUAUUAGCGAUUAUGAUCAUUCAUAUGAAAGAACUAGUAUGCUUGGACAAGCAGUACUUGACAAAGGGCAUGCUCGGGCACCAAUUUAUUUGGAACCCCUUAGAGAGAAUACUGAUUAUGCUGAGUUUCCUCGAAGAGAUGUCAUUAACAGCAGUUCAUGGGAUCACCAUUCAUUGACCAAACAAUCAGUUUCAAUGAACCUUCUGGAUGCCAGAUCAUUAGUGAGAUCAAGCCAAGGUCAGUUUUAUGUGGAUCCUGGUGAUAUUAAUGUUGAUAUGCGAAAUGUAAGAGAAUCAGACAUAGAAAAUUUGGAUGUUCCCUGUCAUGAAGAGAUUCCUCGUAGGCGACUGGAUUACCAUACUAGCAAGGAUGGACAUCAUAUAUCCUAUGUUGAGAGGUGGAGGAGAUCACCACGGCAUGAACAUGAAAUGGAAAUGCUUGGAGAUAGGAUACAAUUAAAGAAAAUUGAAUCAGGUGUAAUUGGCCCCGAUUGUUAUCCAAUUAGGUCAGUAAAAAGGAAAUACACAUUAGAUGAAGAAACAAUGGGGCAUAAGUCUAGACAGGUUGUGUGCAGUAAAUGGAAGAAAAACAUUACCAGAAAUCAAGAUUUAGAUUGUAGAAACGAGGUGUGGGAUGAUCAAGACAGCAGUGGCUUACUGUCACCUGAGAGCUUUGAGGAUGACAAAUGGUUUAGAAAGGCAGAAAAGACAUACAGAGGGGACCUUUACGGUAGAGUUACUAGCGCUGAUGGCUUAUUGUCGUAUCACAGUUCAAUAAAUCAGGGGCAGAGGCACCUUAUUAGACCAUAUAAUCCUGGUAAAAAGCAAAAGGUGCAUGAGAAUCCCAGUUCACUGAGACCUAAUGUUUCAAUUCAAUGUAAUAGGAAACACCAUCUAACAAAAAAUGUUUGGAUAAGAGGCAAAGAUGAUAAAAAAACAGAAGGAUCUGACCACAUAGUUGAAGGGUUAAAGGAUCAGGUAACUUGUGCAAAAACUGAGUUGCCUGAAGACUCACUUGAAUUUAAGCAACUGGUAAAUAAGUUCUUCCUAUAUUCCACCAAAAAGUUGAGUGAGAGUGUUUCUACUCAGAAAAGGUACAAGGAGCAAGGGAGGGCUGGUGGCUUAUACUGCAUUGUUUGUCCCAAGAGUCAAUCAAAAGAGUUCACAGAUACUCGAGCCUUGGCGAAACAUUGUUUUAUGUCAAAAAAGUUGGGGUUGAAAGCAAAACACUUGGGUCUUCACAAUGCAAUAUGUGUCCUAAUGGGGUGGAACAAUGAUGCACCCCCUGAGGGAAAAUUAUGGGCGCCAGUGGCUGUUCCUGCCCCUACUGCUUUAGCCCAAAAAGAAGAUCUUAUUCUUUGGCCACCAGUGGUUGUUAUACAUAACUGCUCUGUUUUGGUAACUGGCCUAGAUAGGCGAAAAGUCACGACUACUGAAGCUGUGGAGGACUUUCUGAGAGGUAAAGGUUAUAGCGGUGGUAGAAUGAAGGUUUGUUUGGGGAAGCCUGGUAAUGGUAGUGUAUUACUGGUGAAGUUCUUGGGCACUAUUCCUGGCUUUCAGGAUGCAGAAAAGCUUCAUUACUACUUCAUGGGAGAAGAACGUGGAAGGACAGACUUUGGAAUAGCAACUUCUUCCAAGGGCAAAGGCAUGAACAGAAACGUGAAGGGGGAUGAAGUUGAGGAACUUUUGCUCUAUGGUUACUUGGGAAUAGCGGAAGACUUGGAUAAAGUUGAUAAUGACACCAAAAGAAAAUGUUUAAUCAAGAGUAAAAAGGAGAUUCAUGAUUUUGUAGAUGCUCCUGUCAACCCUGUUGAGGGAGAUUAAGGGUUAAAGUUUUCAUUGCAGCUCGGGAGAACCCCUCCAGCCGUCGACCUUUUGGAACACAAAAAAUCAGAAAGAAAUCAGUGUAGAUAGGAGGAUGGAAGAAAGGUACAAAGAAAACUAAAGGAUUGUGAAUUGUGUAAAACUCUGUUCAUAUCCACAGCUUUUGUCAAACUCCAGAACCUUUAUGCAAGCUUAUGCUACUUCUCUUAUUGCUUUAUUAUGGCUUUUCUUUUGCUACAUUUGUGCUGUCGAUUGCAUUUGUAAAACUUUUGGUGCAAAUCAAGCACAUAACAGGGGUAAGCCAAAACCCCUUUUUUCUUGAA